CGGAGGUCCCGUUGCCCAGGGAGACGGGCCCAGGAUCCCGCGUCUCCGGGGCGGCCCAGGCCUUUUUCUCUCCGGGUUUCGGUCAGUACCGCUAAAACGCCAGAUUUUAUAAUUCCGAUUCCCGGAUUUCGUUAAGUGUGGAGGUUUGGCCGAACCCACCGGAAUCGGCGCAAACAGGAACUGUUUCCGGGAGGACGGAUUUAGCGGCGACACCACUUCCGGUCCAGGAACACGAGUGGCGCCAGGUGAGAGGAAAAAACCGAACCAAGGGAGCGCCGCACUGUCGGUGGGUCAGUACUGAGGGAGCGCCGCACUGUCGGAGGGGUUGAUAUCUGCCCUUGGUAAGCAAGUGAAUGACAAGUGGACAAAUGGCUAAAGUGAAACCCGGCCCACAAGUAGACAGUGCGGUCCCGGCUGUAUCAGAGUUGGGCAGCCAAAAGAAGUCCAAGAAGAAGGGAUUCUGGGCUAAGGAAAAAAGCGUGACUAAAAAGAUGGAAACAUUGCUGCCUCCUAGAGCCGCAGUGGAGUACUCCACCAACUGGAAGGCACUCCAGCAGAUAAUGAAUCAGACAGCUGGUGCUAAGAAGGUUCCAGAAAGCAAAUCCAAGAUCCAGACAAAGGGAAAAACAGCUACUGUGGAGAAGAUGAGUCACCGAGGAAUUAAACCAGAGAAAGGGGGAGAAAGCAAGAGUCAGCCGGACUCUCAAACAACAGGUGUGCUGGUGAAAGGAAAGGGACUGAAACCAGAUAAGAUCACAAACCAGGGGACACAGCAGACCAAGAAAAAGAGGACAAGGAACAGUCAAGGGCUUCUGGAAGGAAGUGGUUCCACUCAGAGGAUAAAAAGAACGAAAGCUGAACCAGAAACCGAGAACCACAAGGAGCCUGAUAUCUGGUUUGAUGACGUAGAUCCAGAUGACAUUGAAGCUGCGAUGGGACCGGAAGCUGCAAACAUUGCUCGGCGGCAGGUAGAAAUGGCAACAGGAAAUCCAUACCCUACGGUACAGAGUUUGGAAAAGAUUCUGGUUAAAGAUGGAGCUUUCCAGGGAUUGACCAAAGCUGUGGCGAUGGACUGUGAGAUGGUCGGUGUUGGGUCGGACAAGGUGGACAGCAUCCUCGCACGGGUUUCCAUUGUCAACCAAUUUGGCAAAUGCAUUUAUGACAAAUACGUGAAACCAACAGAAAAGGUGACGGAUUACAGGACCUGGGUGAGCGGAAUCCGACCGGCUGACAUGAAGAAUGGUGAAGACUUCAAAGUUGUGCAGAGGGAGGUUGCAGACAUCCUGGAAGGCAGAACAUUAGUUGGUCACGCUGUCCACAAUGAUCUCAAGAUUCUGCUCCUGGACCAUCCAAAGAAGAAAAUUCGUGACACACAGAGAUACAAACCUUUCAAAACAGCUGUCAAAUGUGGCCGACCCUCCCUCAAGCACUUGUGUAGGCAGAUCCUAAAGGUCAAAGUUCAGGAAACUGAACAUUCCUCGGUACAGGAUGCACAGGCGACAAUGAGACUUUACACACUGGUGAGGCAAAAGUGGGAGGCUGAGCUGAAGGCAAAGCACAAAACGAAGAAACAAGUUGCAAAGUAGGAGAAACUGAAACUUUCUAGCUAAAUGGCACUAGACUGCAAGGGGAGGUGGUACUUACUAGCCAGUGAUGACAUCCCCAGCCCCCUCCACCCAAAGUUCUGUGAGAGGUCAGUCUGUAUCUCCUCUCCCAUCAAAGCUCAUAAUUUGACAGAUGACACCAGGUGUGAGGCAACAUUAUAUUUUUGCAAUGGCUGCUGUCACCUCAGUGAGGCGCACUGUAGCUGGAUGAUGUUCAACAGGCUGAUCAUUCACUGGUCACGCCUCACAAGACAGGUGUUUCCAUACAGUAUUCGACUCUGAAUGGACUGGAUUAGUUUGGAGUUACUUUUCUUCUCUCCUGGUUGAGACUGAUAAAAUCUGUAUUUUUUCUGAUAUUUCAACUCUGAUCAUUUUACAAAAAUAAAACCUCGCUGGAAUUUU